UGACAAUAACCCUUACCUAAUAGUCCAAAUAAAAACAAAAUAAUGACUGCCACCAGUCGCUACGGCCCCGACCCCAACAAUCACCCUGUCCAAAAAGAAUUGUCCAAUAUCAUGCGCAACCUACAGUCCAGCACUGACGGCACCGCUGCCUUUGUCAUGGGCACCGACGGCGUCCUCCGAACUCUGACGCCCGACUACGACGUAAUAGACGCCAUCGGCCUUCCACCCCGACUGAUCAAAGCUUUUCUCGAUCGGGACACAUUUGACCAGGAAAUAGAAGACAUGUUCCGCGGAGCGGAUGGAACGAGAGUGCCCCAGGAGCAGUGGUGGAAGCCAGAUCCAUCGUUAUUGCCUCCACCGCUGACGGCGGAGGAGAAAGCGUGUGUCAAGAAGAACAAUGAGGAGAACAAGGAAAUCAUCCAGGAAAAUAUUAGGAAAAUGGAAAGUGGUGAGCUGAAGCCGUGUGGACUUGUUAUUCGGUCGGAUUACAAUAUUAGUCCUAGGUAGAGAGGGGUUUAAAUAUAUCACAAUAUUAACAAUAAUAUUGCACAGUUUACA